AUGUCUCGAUACGCUGCAGCACAUGCCAACCCCCAGGGCCCUGGGGACUCACGUCCAACUGCUCUGCAGAUCGUCCAAGAUAAUGACAUGCAAGGCAAGCUCGCAGGCAAAGUGGCUGUCAUCACUGGCGUCUCAUCUGGCCUUGGUGUCGAGACUACCCGUGCUCUGGCCGCAACUGGAGCAUCACUCUAUCUGACGGCCAGGGAUCUGGUUAAAGCAAAGGAUGCUUUGGGUGACAUCUUUGACCCGUCUCUGAUGGAGCUUGUUCAUAUGGACCAGUCUUCUCUUGAGAGUGUUCGAAAUGCUGCGAAAACAAUCCUGGCAAAGACAAACCGGGUUAACAUCCUCAUCAACAAUGCCGGGAUAAUGGCCGUGCCGGACCUCCAGCUUACCAACGAUGGUUAUGAAUCCCAGUUUGCGACAAACCACCUGUCUCACUUCCUCUUGUUUAACCUUUUGGGACCUGCCCUUCUGGCUGCCACCAAUCCCGAGUUUCAGUCCCGAGUUGUCAUCGUAUCCUCCUCGGGCCAUCGUGUCCACGGCAUCAACUCCUCAGAAAAUUACCAAUUUCAAAAAGGAGGGUACCACCCAUGGGUUGCAUAUGGGCAGUCCAAGACGGCUAAUAUCUACACGGCCAACGAGAUUGAGCGUCGUUACGGAUCUCGUGGGCUGCAUGCAACAAGCCUUCACCCAGGAAUCAUCGCCACAGGUCUGGGGAAGUAUCUUCCUCCAGCUCAUAUCGAGGCUAUGCUACAAGACGAAGCUCUGCUCAAAGUUCUGAAGAGCCCGGAACAAGGAGCUGCAACUACCGUAUGGGCAGCAGUUGGCUCGGAAUUGGAAGGCAAAGGUGGAAAAUAUCUUCUGGACUGCACCGAGGCUGAGCGUGGCGAGAAGGAUGAUGGUAGAGAUAAUGAGACGUAUGUGAGCCACACAUAUAACCCGGAGGAUGAGGCGAGGCUCUGGAAGGAUUCAUUGGAGAUGGUGGGUUUGUCUGGUGAAUGA